AUGACAAUUUAUAAUCUUUACAUCUUUGAUCGCCAUUGUCAAUGCAUCUAUUUUCAGAAAUGGGCUCAUCAACCCAAGUCAGUCGUUAAUAAUGGAAGUGUGAAUGGACAGAGUCAGACAGGCUCUAGCCGUCUCGGUCUGGCAACCUCGCGUUUCUCAAUGUCCAGUCCAGGAUCUUCCAGUGCGGACCACAGUAGUACCCCAAACUCCUCAUCAAUCAUCCGUAGCGAAGAGCGCAUUCCUUCUCACACAGCAGGUACCCAGCGUGGGACCCAACAGAGUGGACUAGCAGCUGGAAGUAUGAUUUCGAUUGAAGAAGAAGCCAAGCUUGUAUAUGGUGUGGUUCUAUCUCUACGCAACUUUGUCCGUAAGCUGUCAACCAGUCAGGAUGGAUUUAUUUCUUACAAAACCUCGACGUAUCGCUUGCAUUAUUACGAGACACCUACUGGACUGAAGUUUGUGAUGAACUCGGAUCCAAACACAGAAUCUCUUCGGGCAGUGUUGAAGCAGAUAUAUGUACAAUUGUAUGUUGAGUUUGUUGUCAAGAAUGGACUUAUGCGGUUUGACGAUACUCGUUGGGAACCUCUUCCUAAUGCUCCUGGAACUAUUUCAAACGAAUUGUUCAGAACGGCAGUUGAUCGCUUUAUCCGUAGUCUGGCUGUAUUC